AGUGACCACCAACGUCGCCAGGGUGAUGGGUCCCUGAUGAGGGGGAGGUGAAGCCCUCCGUGGCACUGCGUAUGGUGGCUCCAGUCUGAUCUCUCGAGGAAGUGGACAGGAUGGCCUCCAAAUGCCGGGAUUCCUGGAGGACCGACCAAGAUAAAGAAAGCUCAGGCAGAGUCCUGGAGAACAAACAGGGGAUGACAGCCUCAGGCCUGCCAGGACCCUGUGCAGCCUGAGUUCCGGGUCUCGUCUUCGGUGCUCUGUGUCAUGCACUCCUGGAGAUCCAGUCUGUGUGGCCCUGUGACCUUCGGGUAUUGAGAGAUCCACAGCUGAGACGCCAGGAGCCGCUGGAAACCUCGAAAUGGGACCAUUGACGUUUAUGGAUGUGGCCAUAGAAUUCUCUCCGGAAGAGUGGCAAUGUCUGGACACUGCACAACAGAAUUUAUACAGAGAUGUGAUGCUAGAGAACUACAGAAACCUGGUCUUCCUUGGUACUGCUUUUUCUAAGCCAGACCUGAUCACCUAUCUGGAGCAAGGAAAAGAGCCUUGGAAUAUGAAGAGGCAUGAGACUUUGGCCAAACCACCAGUUACGUGUUCUUAUUUUGCUCAAGACCUAUCUCCAGAGCAGGCCACAAAACAAUUAUUUCCAAAAGUGAUACUGAGAAGAUAUGAAAACUGUGGAGAUGAAAAUGUACCACUAAGAAAAGUCUGUGAAAGCGUGGAUGAUUGUAAAAUGCAGAAAAGAGUUUAUGGUAAACUUAAAUGUGUGAUGGCUACACAGAGCAAGACAUAUGUAUGUUAUAAAUAUGUAAAGGUCUUUUAUACAUUUUUAUAUUCAAAUAGAUAUAAGAUAAGACUUGUUAAAAAGAAGACUUAUAAAUGUAAAGAACGUCGCAAAGCUUUUAACCAGUCAUCAAUCCUUACUACGCAUGAGAAAAUUCAUAGUAGAGAGAAACCCUACAAAUGUAAAGAAUGUGGCAAAGCUUUUAACUCUUCCUCAGACCUUACUAAACAUAAGAUAAUUCAUACUGGAAAGAAACCGUACAAAUGUAAAGAAUGUGGCAGAGCUUUCAACUGUUCCUCAUAUCUUACUAAACGUAAGAGAAAUCGUAAUGGAGAGAAACCCUACAAAUGUAGAGAAUGUGGCAAAGCUUUUAAGCGGUUAUCAAUCCUUACUACACAUGAGAAAAUUCAUACUGGAGAGAAACCCUACAAAUGUAAAGAAUAUGCCAAAGCUUUUAAGUGUUCCUCAGACCUUACUAAACAUAAGUUAAUUUAUACAGGAAACAAACCCUACAAAUGCAAAGUAUGUGGCAAAACUUUUAACCGGUUAUCAAUUCUUACUACACAUGAGAGAAUUCACAGUGGAGAGAAACCCUACAAAUGUGAAGAAUGUGCCAAAGCUUUUAACUGUUCAUCAGACCUCACUAAACAUAAGAUAAUUCAUACUGGAGAGAAACCCUACAAAUGUAAAGAAUGUGGCAAAGCUUUUAACCGGUUAUCAACCCUUACUACACAUGAGAGAAUUCAUAGUGGAGAGAAACCCUAUAAAUGUAAAGAAUGUGCCAAAGCUUUUAACUGUUCCUCAGACCUUACUAGACAUAGGAUAAUUCAUACUGGAAAGAAACCCUACAAAUGUAAAGAGUGUUGUAAAGCUUUUAACCGGUUGUCAAUCCUUACUACACAUGAGAGAAUACAUAGUGGAGAGAAACCCUACAAAUGUGAAGAAUGUGGCAAAGCUUUUAACUGUUCUUCACAACUUACUAAACAUAAGAGAAUUCAUAGUGGAGAGAAAUCCUACAAAUGUGAUGAAUGUGGCAAAGCUUUUAAGUGGUUAUCAAUACUUACUACACACGAGAGAAUUCACAGUGGAGAGAAACCAUACAAAUGUAAAGAAUGUGACAAAGCUUUUAACUGUUCCUCACACCUUACUAGACAUAAGGUAAUCCAUUCUGGAAAGAAACCUUACAAAUGUAAAGAAUGUGGCAAAGCUUUUAAGUGGUUAUCAAUCCUUACUACACAUGAGAGAAUUCAUACUGGAGAGAAACCCUACAAAUGUAAAGAAUGUGGCAAAGCUUUUAACUGUUCCUCACACCUUACUAGACAUAAGAUAAUUCAUUCUGGAAAGAAACCGUACAAAUGUAAAGAAUGUGGCAAAGCUUUUAGGUGGUUAUCAAUCCUCACUACACAUGAGAGAAUUCAUAGUGGAGAGAAACCCUACAAAUGUAAAGAAUGUACCAAAGCUUUUAACUGUUCCUCACACCUUAGUAAACAUAAGAGAAUUCAUACUGGAGAGAAACCCUACAAAUGUAAAGAAUGUACCAAAGCUUUUAUUUGUUCCUCAGACCUUAAUAGACAUAAGGUAAUUCAUACUGGAAAGAAACCCUACAAAUGUAAAGAAUGUGGCAAAGCUUUUAACCGGUUAUCAAUUCUUACUACCCAUGAGAGAAUACAUACUGGAGAGAAACCCUACAAAUGUGAAGAAUGUGGCAAAGCUUUUAAGUGGUUAUCAAUCCUUACUACACAUAAGAGAAUUCAUAGUGGAGAGAAACCCUACAAAUGUAAAGAAUGUGGCAACGCUUUUAAGUGUUCUUCACAACUUAGUAAACAUAAGAUAAAUCAUACUGGAAAGAAACCCUACAAAUGUAAAGAAUGUGGCAAAGCUUUUAAGUGGUUAUCAAUCCUUACUACACAUGAGAAAAUUCAUAGUGGGGAGAAACCCUACAAAUGUCAAGAAUGUGGCAAAGCUUUUAACUGUUCCUCAUACCUUAGGAAACAUAAGAGAAUUCAUAGUGGAGAGAAACCCUACAAAUGUAAAGAAUGUGACAGAGCUUUUAACUACUCCUCAGACCUUACUACACAUAAGAGAAUUCAUACUGGAGAGAAACCCUACAAAUGUAAAGAAUGUGGGAAAGCUUUUAACCGGUUAUCAAUCCUUACUACACAUGGGAGAAUUCAUAGUGGAGAGAAACCCUACAAAUGUAAAGAAUGUGGCAAAGCUUUUAACUGUUCCUCAGACCUCACUAAACAUAAGAUAAUUCAUACUGGAGAGAAACCCUACACAUGUAAAGAAUGUGGCAGAGCUUUUAACUGGUUAUCAACCCUUACUGCACAUGAGAGAAUUCAUACUGGAGAGAAACCCUACAAAUGUAAAGAAUGUGCCAAAGCUUUUAACUGUUCCUCAGACCUUAGUAAACAUAAGAUAAUUCAUACUGGAAAGAAACGGUACAAAUGUAAGGAGUGUUACAAAGCUUUUAACCGGUUAUCAAUCCUUACUACACAUGAGAGAAUACAUAGUGGAGAUAAGCCCUACAAAUGUUAAGAAUGUGGCAAAGCUUUUAACUGGUCCUCACACCUUACUACACAUAGGUGAAUUCAUAGUGGAGGGAAAGCCUUCAAAUAUGAAGAAUGUGGCAAAGCUUUUAACCAGCCAUCAAGCCAAGAGAAUUUAUACUUCAGAGAAGCUUAAUAAAUAGAAAUGUGGAAAAGCUUUUAACCAUUUCUCGAAUCUUAACAAAACAAUUCAUAAUGGAGAGAAAUCCUGCAAAUGUGAACAGUGCGGCAAAGGCUUUGGUGUAUUCUUCACCUUUAGUAAACAUAAGAAUUCAUGCUGAUGAGAAACCCUGUACAAAUGUGAAGAAUGUGGCAAAGGCUUUUGUGAAUCAGCACUAAGUAAACAAAGUUAUUUCAUACUGAAGCACGUGGAAAAGCUUUUUACCAGUUAUCAUCCCUUACUAAACAUAAGCAACUUCAUGCUGGGGAGAAUUCUGACGCUUGUGAAGAAUGUGGCAGACUUUUUAACUAGUUCUUAAACCCUGCAGAAUGUAAAAUAAUACACAAUGGGUGGAAACUACUAAUCUUAAAAAUGUGACAAAGCCCUUAAUAUAUUGUUAACCAUUACUAAACAUAAGGUAAUUCAUACUGGAGAGAAUUCCAACAAAUGUGAAAAAUGUGACAAAGACUUUAAAAAGUUCUCAACACAUUUAUUACAAUUCAUACUGGAGAGACACUGUAUGAGCAUAAAGAAUGUAUCAAAGCCUUUUACAACUUCUCAAUUCUCAGGAGACAUAAUUUAUAUUGAAGAGAAACUCUACAAACCUGAAAGAUGAGACAAUCUUUUCACACCACCUCAAACUUAAAAAUAUAAAAUAAAUAUAGUGAUCCUAGACCCCAGAAAUGUUAAGAAUGUGUCAAAGCCUUUAAGUAGUUGUCACUCUUAAUUGCUAGUAAGAUAAUUGACACUCUAAAAAGCUAUGUAUUUUAAAAAUGUGACAAAACUUUCAGCUAGUACUCAUAUUUUGUUGCACAAGAAAGCAUUUAUACUAGAGGAAAAUUCCACAAAUAACUGGAAAAGCUGUUGAUACCUACUCAUAUCUUACUCGACAUCCAAGGGUUUAUACUUUAAAACAUUGUAAGUGCAAUUCUCAAAAUAGCUUUCAGAAAAUAGGUCAUUAAAGUGAAGAAGCAUUAAUUUUUAAGAAUAACGUUAAAAAUAUAAAGAGGCUUGUAGUACCAUUGUUUCAUAGAUGUUAUUAUGCAGUUUGUUUUAGAGAUAAAAAACCUGAAGCAGUUUCUCAAAACUUCUUCAACAUCAGGAAAUUUAUAUUAUAUUGGAAAAACCCUAAUACAUGUAAUCAGUUUAAAGAAUUGUUCAAAAGUGACAACUAAGAAAACACCGGAGAAUUCAUAGUAAAAUAUAUAUUUACAGAUGCAGUAACUAUGAAAACAACAUUUACUUCGAAAUUAAGUCUAUUUCAACAUCAGUAAUUAACAGUAGAAAUAACUAACACUAACUCUCCAGGUAUUACACUAAAUUGGAGUGUUGCAUGUAGAUCAUCAUCCAAAACUAAAGUUGUUGGAUAAAUUAUUGCUAUAUAACUUUAACAAAAGAAAAUUGGAGUGUUAUAAUUGCAUUCAAUUAUAACAUUCAAUAAAAGCCUUACAGAUUAAUUUUUGGAAAGUAAAUGAUAUAAUUCAGCUCAAUUUACUUCAUGCUGUAUCUUUUAUUUUUAUGGUCAUAAUAAAAACUAUAUAGAAGUAUAAAUAAAAUACGUUUCUAUAUCCCAAAUAAGUAUUUUUAAAAUUUUGUUAUAUAUUUUUCUUUGAACAUGUGAACUACCUACAUACAAACUUUGUUUUGAUUUACAUACAGUUAAAACAUACAGGUUAGUCUAAUGAUAUUUUAUAACUGUAAUAGAAUUGUAGAAUGUGUUUGUGUAUGAGUUUUACCUAUUUUCAGAAAACACAAUAUUGAAACGAAACAUUUUCAUAAGGUGACUAGUUUGCUAGAAAACUUAAAACCUCAUAAUGCUAAAUACAAAUCUAUAUCUUUACCUUUUAUUUAUUAUUUUACAGACCUAUACUUUUCCUGUUUCUUAAAAUUAGUUUUUUGUUUUGCACUUUAAGAAGUAUUCAUUGUAAGGCUAUUAGUAAGUUUCAUAAAAUGUAGUAGGGCACACAAAAUGAUUUUUAGAUGUAAUUUCAUAGUUUGUGUAUUUAUAUAUUUUUUUAGGACAAUUCAUUAUGUUCAUUUGGAGAAACCUCUAUAUGCCUACUAUUCCUUGGUUAUUUUUCCUUUAACUUUUUAUAAUUGACUUUUCAUAAAUUUAUCUGUUAAGCCAUUAUAUUCAGGGAAAUACUUGGGAGGCUUCAUGAGUCAUGAGGAUUUUAGGUAUUUUUUUUAUUUUUUUUUUUAUUCUGUUCUGUUUUUUUUUUUUUUUUAGCUGGAAUCUUGAUCUGUCACCCAGGCUGUAGGUCAGUGGCUCAAUUUCAGCUCACUGUAACCUCCAUCUCUUGAGUUCAAGCAAUUCUCCCUGUCUCAGCCUCUCUUACUUAGCUUUUUUUUUUAAAAGAAAUUUAAAAGAUUCUUACAUAAAGUGUGUCAAAUAUAAAAUAUAUCUUGGUAAUUAAAUUUCUAACUGGUAAUAAAUUUUUAAUGUUUCAUGAUAUACUUACAGCACAACUUAUGUUUCCAUGCAGAAUCUCUAAGUGUGAAUGUUAGCAGUUGCCAAACAAUAAAAUUACCUCUGUAAAUUUUAAAUUUGCAUAGAAUAUCAAGAAAUUUCUCACUGUUAUUUUAUAAUUUUUUGUUGGGGGUGAAGUUCAGCAUACAGUUUUUAUACUUAUUCACCUAUCUGUAGCCAGUCCUUGGUUAUUUUCUUUGGAAAAUACGUGAACAUUAUGGCAGUUUUUGAAUUAAAAUAUUUUGUUAUUUUGCAUGCAAAUAUGUUUACUGUGUUCACAGAGUGGCCAGUCAUGGGACCAUCAGCAGUCAUGGGACUGCCUGCUAUUUUAUUGUCUUCCAUAUCAUUAGCAUUAGCACCAGAAACUGCGGGUGCCCCAAACUUAAAGUAAAAGCCCUAAAGUAAAUUGGCUUCUUUCAGAUACUGUGCAGGGUCCAUGGCAUGAUGUUAAGUAUCAAAGUUUCUAUGGUUAUAAUUUACAGACAAAACAGUGCAAAGCUGUAUGUGAUUAAUAUUAUUCAGUCAAGUUUAUGACAAAUACAGAUCAUAUUUGAAAUAUUGUUAACUUUCUAUAAAGUUUUGAACAUAUUUUUUAACUUGACAGAUGAAAUGGGUAUUUUUUAAAACAUAGUAUUUUGAAGUCUACAUACAUUGUCCAAUACUUAGCCCUGUGUAAUUAAUGUGUUAACUAACAGUUAACUUUUUUUGGUGAGACCACAUGACCUCGUCUUAGCAUAUUUUAUGCAUACAUAUACAUUUUUAUGAACUAGAGUCAUCAUGCUCAACAAUAAAUCUCUUGAAAUUGUUCUUUCUAUACAACUAUAAUUAUGUAUUUGUUGACAGGUUUUUCCAACACCCCCUUUUCUUCUAUUACCUUGGCACCUGGUGGUCACCGUAUUACUCUGUACUUCAGUGGGAUUAACUUUUUUAAGUAUCCAUUUAUAAGUGGAAUCAUGAGAUACUAGUCUUUCUGUGACUGGCUUAUUUCAACAAAUAAUAUCUUCCAGGUUAAUCCAUGUGAUUGAAAGUAACAAUGUUUUAAAAAAAUAAAAAAUUUUGUUAUAUACAUAUACCAUAUUGUAUUCAUUUGUAUUAGAUGUUGAACUGUUGAUGCCAUAUUUGGGUUAUUGUGAAGAGUGCUGAAAACAACAUAGAAGUGCAAGUAUUUUUUCAUUCUCAUUUUGAAUAUAUAUCUGAAAGUGCAAUUGCUGGAUUAUGUGGUAGUUCAAUUUAAAAUUUUUUUUAAAAAUCUAUUUUAGUCUUUUAAUGUCUGUCCUAAUGUACGUUCAAACCAACAGUGUGCAAGCAUUUCCUUUACAUUUUUAACAAUGUUUUCUUUUUAUUUUACUAAAUAUCUCAUAAGUAUUUCUUUUUGUUUUAGUAUUUGUUUUUCUCAUAGGUAAAUUUUAUAAAUAUAGAUAUUUUUUGCUUGUCUUUCUCUGGCAGUAAUUGACAUUGAGAAUUUUUUAGUUUAUCUCUUGGCCAUGUCUUUUAUUGAAAAAUAUUUAAGCCUGGGCUGGGCGUGGUGGCUAAUGCCUGUAAUCCCAGCACUUUGGGAGGCUGAGGUGGGUGGAUUACCUGAGGUGAGGAGUUCAAGACCAGCCUGGCCAACACAAGAAAACUCCCAACUCUACUAAAAUUAGAAUUAUUAGUCAUGAUGGUACAUACCUAAAAUUGUAGCUACUAGAGGAGCUGAAGCAGGAGUAUCAGUCUUCAACCUGGGAGGUAGAGGUGGCAGUGAGCCGAUAUUGUACCACUGCACUCAAGCCUGUGCAAGAGAGACUCCAUCUCAAAAAAGAAAAAAAAAUUCAGCCUGCUGCUCAUAGUUUAUUUUUUAUUGUGUAGCCAUUUGAGUUUCUUGCAUAUUUUUUACAGUAUUCUCUUGUCACACACGUAAUUUGCAAAUUCUUUCUUCCAUGUUUAAUUCUCUAAGAAUGUUGAUUGUAUCAGACUGCCGCAGAUUUAUACUGAAAUGAUAUGACUAAUCCAUUUUUCCUUUCAUUUCUCAGAUUUUGAAGUUAAUGUUAGGAGUGAGGCUUUUAGUCUAUCUUUUGUAGUAGUUUCAGAGUUUCUAGCUUUACGUUUAACUAGUUUAUUUUAAAUUCUGAGAUGGUAAUCUCAUUUUGCUUUACGUUUGGAUAUAAAGUUUUCUCAACACCAUUUAUUGAAGAUACUACCUUUUCCCUAAGUAUCUGUCCUAAGGAACUGUCACCUUUUUAAGUAUGUUACUAGUAUUUUGAUAGAGGUUACAUUAUAUCUAUAGAUUAUUUGUAAUACAAAUAUUUAACAAUAUUAAUGCCAAUUAAUGAGUAAUAUUUCUCCAUUUGUGUAUUUAAUUUUUUAUUUAAUACACUUUAGAGUAUAAUGUAAAGUGUUUCAACUUUUUGGUAGACUAUUUCAAAAUAUAGUUACUACAGUUAUUGUGGAUAAGACUUUUUCAAUUUCAUUUUGAGAUAGUUGUGUAUAGAAAUCCUACUGACUAAGAUGUUGCUUUUGUGUUCUACACGUUCAAUGACUUUGUUUAGUAGUUCUGAUAGUUUUUAGUAAAGUGUUCAACUUUUCUAUACAUAAGAUUAUGCCAUUCUCCAACAGGAUACUUUACAUUUUUUUAUUCAAUCUGAAUUCCUUUGAUUUUAUUCUUUAAUUUCUCUUUCUCGGACAUUUUGUACUAUGUUUGGUAGGACUGAAGAAAGUGAAUAUCCUUGUUCUAGCUCAUAGAGAAAAAGCUUACAGAUUUUCCUGUUCGGUAUGUUCUUAGUUGUGCAUUUUUUUUCUGUACAUGAGAUUUAUUGGCUUGAGAUAAUUUUUCCCAUAUCUAAUGUUUUUAGAGAUUUAUUAUAAGGGGAUGUUAAAUUGUGUCAAACUUUUAUUCUGCAUCUAUUUAAAUUUUAGAGUUGUAAAAUCAUGACUAAUUCUACAUAAAUAAAAUUAUUUAAAGAUGA